GCGAUACUUCUCCACCGACUCCAGGUUUCGAGCGUCGAUCUCCGCAUGUGGCAUUGGGCCCAGGGGGGGUGUCCGUCUGCGGAGGGACGCUGUCGUGCGGAGACAUCCCCAGCGCACGUGAAGGCGCCAUUUUUGCGUUUUGUCGUCAUCAGGGAAGCUUCAUUUGACGAUAUUCAGUAUUCACAGUCAGAUGCUAUGCGCGAAUGUAUCUGUUGAAGUGGUGUCUGGUCUUUCUUCAGAGAUGGAGUCUCAGAAUUCCAACCUGAUCUGCGCCAUAUGCCUGGAGCGCUUCCGGAUCCCUGUAACCAUCCCCUGCGGGCACACCUUCUGUCAAAAGUGCAUCACCAUUCACUGGGACACCAAGAGCAAGGCUGAUAUCGGACCUCACUGCCCUUUCUGCAAUGAAGAGUUUGACACCAGGCCCGUCCUCAAGCGCAAUGUGUCCCUGUCAGUCCUGACCGAGGCUGCAAACAGCAGCGGCCCCUCCUGUAGAGAGUCGCUCAUGAGGGGAAGUGAAGGGGCGAGAGCCAUGCUGCUGUGCGAUCGCCAUAAAAAGCCCCUGGUUUAUUAUUGCAGGCAGGAUAAAAUGUCCGUGUGCUGCGAGUGUGGUAUUUCAGAAUGCCUGGCCCAUGAGAAGGUCCUGUUGGAGACAGAAAGAGAAAAUCAAGAGCUGCUGCUGGAAAGGAAGAGUAAAGAGGUGGGGAAACUCGUUGAAGAGACGCAGAAAAGUAUGAAUGACUUGGCUGAGAAUAUCAAUCAAGCGAAGGUGACUCUUCAACAGACUUCAGCCUGGGUCAGUGUCAAGUUCUCCACCCUGAUGAGCAUCCUGGCUGAGAAGCAGAAGGCUACAGAGCUCUUCAUUGACGAGCAGAAGGAGGUGGCCAUCACUGAGGCAGAGGCACGGCUAGCUGAACUUGAGGAGCACUCCCAGAGACUGAAAGAGAGCCAAAACCAGAUAGCAGCUCUUCAUAACCUCCCUGACACAGAGCUCAUCAAGGAAUCGACGCUCAUAGAAGUGCCACGUUUUAAGGAUAUUCCCACAGAUGUAACCCCUAGCCUUCAAGAUCGAUUGAACGGCGUCACAGACGUGCUGUCCCGGGCCUCCAAGCUGCUGUGUGAGGACCUGGAGAAAGCUGUGAGCACGGCUGUGGGUCAGGACAAAGACGGUUCUCCUCAGGAUAAGAGGCCUAUCCUAGCUGUGGUUCCCAGUCCAGCUGCUCCCUGCCACCCCGGUGGGAAAGAGGGCCUUAGCGCUUACCGAUGCUCUCUGACCUUUGACCCCCGUACGGCCAACGGGCACCUGUUUCUGUCCCAGGAGAACCGGAAGGCGGAGCACCUGACGUCUGGGCCGCGGCCCGUCCCGGCUCAUGAAGCCCGCUUCGAUCACACCUGGCAGGUGCUCUGCUUUCAGGGCUUCACCCACGGGCAGCACUACUGGGAGCUGGAGGUGUCCAAGCCCUGGGCCUACCUCGGGGUAACCUACGAGGCCAUCCCUAGGAAGGAGAAAGGCAAGAAGUGCAUGGUGGGUAUGAACGAACUGUCCUGGAGCCUGCAGCUGGACGAGCAUCAGCUCAGCGCCUGGCACAACGGCCGGCGGGAGACCCUGGCCGGCCACUCCCAGCACAGUCGCAUCGGCAUGCUGCUGGACUACGAGGCGGGGACGCUCACCUACUACGGAGACGGGCAGACCAGGCUCCACGCCUUCCACUGUGCCUUCACCCAAGAGUUGUUCCCCGCCUGCUGGAUAGGAGAGGGGGUCAGCAUCACUCUCUGCUCCACAUGAGAUGACUCGUGAAGAGAAGUGAAGAAGGGAGCUCAGCGAUAAGAAGCACUAUCAAACAUGGGCACUAGCUGACUCAAUACAGAGGACCCCCCUUAACCAUUUAGGAGUUUGUUUUUGUUUUUUGUUACAAUAACUGACUUCCUAAAAUGUUUUUUAGGCAGAAGAACUGACUGUGAUGGGCUUUCUCGUCCCAAAACUGGCCACUCGACUUUGGCCUGUUCACAUUAUUGCCAAACAUGACAACAACAUAGCAAAGGGUCUCAAACUCUAAAGGCCCUCAGGGUUCUAGGUUAAGGACUGCACUACAUCAUUCUGGUUUGUUUUUUAUUAAUAAUAUGUAUGAAAUAAUCUUCAAUUUUAGCUAGAAGUAGAGAAGACCAAUUUCCUCAACUCAGUGUGUCAGAUUAUUGUACUUUCACUACACAAUAUUGAGUUUCCUUUAUCUAUAGCAAGGGAAUAGGCAUUUAUUACAGGUGGUUGGGCAUAUGACUCAUUCUAAAAUACAUGGUCAAACUCUUCCUUUAUGUUUAUUCAUUCUGGUUCCUCUAAUGUUGGAGAUAGAAAUAGACGAAAGCCUUCCUAGGCCACACAGUAUAUGCACAUAUAAGUCAUGGCAGCAAAAUAAGUAUAAGAAAGAGAGAGGGGCAUUAUUGCACUGAUAUGAGAAGCCAUUUGUUGAGGAAUUACUAAAGCAUAAAGCAUAAUUUCACAUUAGUUCCCAUUCUUGAGAAAAAA